UCUGUGACGAAGAGAGUGACCGGGCCUGGCUCCCCGCACUUAUUUGCCCCGUACCCCGGUGGCCCCCUCCCCCUCUUGCUCCAUGUGGGGCCCAGGUUGGGCUCUCGGAUUCUCCUCCUUCUCCUCCUUCUCCUCCUUCUCCUCCUUCUCCUCCUUCUCCUUCUCCUAUGGCCCGGAAAACAGUUAGCAGGAAGCGGAAAGCGGCGACGGCUGCCGCCGGGGGGCUCCAGGGGGAGCAGUAUGGGUGGGAUCACUCCAUUCACAAAAGGAAAAGACUCCACUGGGUGAAAAGGUCUGUGGUGUACUACCUGAAAGGUAGAGAGGUCAGGAUGCAGAAUGAGUCCAGCUAUCACCACUUGUUGCAUGGAUAUGCAGCCCAGCAGCUUCCCAGCCUCUUGAAGGAGAGAGAAUUUCACCUUGGAAUCCUUAAUAAAGUAUUUGCCUCCCAGUGGCUGAACCACCGGCAAGUGGUGUGUGGGACAAAAUGCAACACAUUAUUUGUAAUAGAUGUCCAGACUGGUCAAAUUACCAAGAUUCCUAUUCUGAAAGAUCGUGAACCUGCCAUGGUGAACCAGCAGGGAUGUGGUAUUCAUGCCAUUGAGCUCAACCCCUCAAGGACCUUUCUGGCCACAGGUGGAGACAACCCCAACAGUCUUGCAAUUUAUCGUCUGCCUACACUUGAUCCUGUGUGUGUGGGAGAUGAUGGACAUAAGGACUGGAUAUUUUCAAUUGCAUGGAUAAGUGAUACUAUGGCUGUUUCUGGUUCCCGGGAUGGUUCGAUGGGUCUCUGGGAAGUUACAGAGGAUGUAUUGUCCAAAACUGAUGCCAGGCAUAAUCUCUCUCAAGUUCCUGUCUAUGCCCACAUAACACACAGGGCUCUGAAGGAUAUUCCUAAGGAGAACACCAAUCCUGACAACUGCAAAGUCCGAGCACUGGCUUUCAACAAUAAGAACAAGGAACUGGGAGCUGUGUCCUUGGAUGGGUAUUUUCAUCUUUGGAAAGCAGAGCACACACUAUCAAAGUUACUUUCCACAAAGUUGCCAUACUGCAGGGAGAAUGUGUGUUUGGCUUAUGGUCCGGAGUGGUCAGUGUAUGCAGUAGGAUCACAGGCACAUGUCUCCUUUUUGGAUCCAAGGCAGCCUUCUCACAAUGUUAAAUCCGUCUGUUCCAAAGAACGAGGCAGUGGUAUUAGAUCGGUGAGCUUUUACGAGCACAUCAUCACAGUGGGAACAGGGCAAGGUUCCCUAUUGUUUUAUGAUAUCCGAGCCCAGAGGUUCCUGGAUGAAAAGCCCCCACAUGCCUGCUAUGGACAGAAGCAGAAAUUAGGAGGAAGUGAAAUUUUAAAGUUGACUACUGGGAAAGGUUGGCUGAAUCACGAUGAAACCUGGAGAAAUUAUUUUUCUGACAUACAUUUCUUCCCAAAUGCUGUUUAUACCCACUGCUACGACUCAUCUGGAACGAAACUCUUUGUGGCAGGAGGCCCCCUUCCAUCAGGACUUCAUGGGAAUUAUGCUGGUCUCUGGAGCUAAUGAUAACUCUUCAUAAAUGCUGAUCUUGACACAGAUUUCUACUUUUCUUUACCAUUUUAAAAACAAAAUUGUGUGACGCCAUUGACUUCUGGUUUAAAUGCAAGUUAUUUUUAGGCAAUUUUCUGUUGGUCUCCAACAGUCUUGUACAUGUUUUUGAACCAUUAUUUUUGCUUUAACCUGCUUAUUCUUUUAUAUGAAGGGGUUUUAAAAUCCUUUUUUAUUGUAUUUACUCCAAAUGACUCUUCCCCCACAUUUAGACUGUCUUGGCCACAUGCCUCCUCCUCUUUGCUGUGACAUAGGAUUCCUUCUUAUAGCGUGGUUGCUGCUGGACUUUCUGUGAAAGUCUAGGGGCUGUGUGUCUUCAGAUAUUUUGUCAGUUCCAUUACCUGAAGUGAGGACUGCUUGUAAAUUAAAAAUAUUAAAAAUAUUUGUAAGAGAUUAAGUAAUAGCUUAUCUGUAGAGCCUGGCCCUAGUCUGGGUUAAUCUUAUUUUUUAAAAGUACAAGUCUAAUGACACUGUUUAUACAUAGAGGAGUAUGGUCAUUUUAAUAUGUACUCAUUGGAGCCCAGGGAUAGAUUUUUCUGGGAUGUUGCCCAUCAAGCCCAAAGUGCAGGAGUUUUAAAAAAUGCAUUUGUAUUUGAAUUGCAGUUUUCAGCAGUGCCAAAAGAAAAUUUAUCUAUUGUUCCUUUUCUGCUUCUCCCAGGUAUCAGCUUGCACAACUGGAGUUUGUAUAGGCUGUUCUGCGGUGUGGCUAUUGCAGGAUGACAUUACAUUGAGGGCCUGCAGAGGUACUGAGAGAAAAUGGGGGCUAGGGAUAUGAAUGUUCUUGUCCUUCAAAAUGAACUAAAUCUAUCAAUUUUUCAGAUGAGUCAAGAUUCCUUAGUAUGCUGCUAUGGUAGCUCAUGGGUUCUUCAUAAACUGCCUAAAACCCAGGACCUCUUUUUGUCCCAGGUUGUGGAAGCUUUUCCCAUUUUGGCUGUUCUGUUUGGCCAUCUCCUCUAAUAUGCCAAUGGAAUAAAUAAACUGGGUUUUUUUCUCUGAGGUUAAAGAGUGCAUCUUGGACUUGUCUAAUGCAAGCUGGAAGCUUUCCAUGUAGCAAGAUAACUUGCUGUUAGCUCACACUGAGCUAGCAGUAUCUGUUGUCAUCUUGCUUGCUGUAGGAGAGGCUCAGGUUUUCCUUGAAUCCCCUGUUGCCUUCUGCAAUCAAAUUCCCACAAACUUCAUGUGGGAUUGGGUGGGGAGAAUAGGUCCAAUACCCUUCAGGUCCAGCCAUGAAGCGUGUGCGUUCCAGGGUGAUGGUCUUACCUAAUACUCACUAAAAUGCAGGACUCAAGGGUACUCCUCCUAGCCUUUUGGCAGGCACCAAGCUUUGCUUGUCACUGAUACCUCUGUCCUCUGCUGGGAUGAAUGCCUUUCCCAUACCCUUGUCGCCAGUGGAGCAGUGUGCUUGUAUCUCACUGCUGUGGUGCCAAAUAGGUAGUUGGCUGAAGCUGAGAAGAAUGACAAAGCUGGGACAUGCUCUGUUCUUCUGUGUCUGCUGGAGAUCACAGCCACCACUGUAGAGUAGCUCUAGUCCCCAAUGUGCAGUUCCUGCCAGAUUGCCUAGAGCUAGUCUGCAUGUGUCUUUGUGGUCCCUCUCAUCUUUGUACUCUAUAUCUUCAUCAGUAAUGCCAAGCAGUGAGACUUGGGCUUAAUUUCUGGUUGGUAGUGGGCACUUGGAUGAAAAUCCUGCAAGGAAUGCAGUUCCCUCCCAUCCUGGUGAAAAAUCCUGUUAAGAUGUCUCCCAGACAUUCACCUGUCUCAGAAGUAUAAUUUACUCACACUGAGCACUGACAUGGGUACUUCACAAACAGAUCUUUUUUAUGGUGUUUCAUAAUUCUACUUCCCUUGUGGGUUGGUUGCUUAAACUGAAUCAGUUCAUGGUGAAAUUAUAAACUGUGGAGUAGCAAAGGAGCUUUUGUUACCUCGUUCAGAGGGGUCCCAGGAUGAGGGAAGAGACGAGAAAGUUGACUCCAUGUAUCAGAAGGCUUGAUUUAUUAUUAUAUGAUAUAUUAGAUAUAAAAACUGUACUAAAAGAAUAAAGAGAAGGAUUUCACUACUAAGCUAUGCUAAGAAUAGAAAAGGAAUCUCUGUCCUCCCAGCCCGAGACGGCCGGAGAGGUUUUCUGUGAUAGGCUCUUAAUUGCAAACAGUCUGACGGGGCCAAUCACAGACCUCGCCUGUUGCAUUCCACAGCAGCAGAUAAGAAUUGUUUACAGUUUGUUCCUGAGGCUUCUCAGCUCUCAGGAGAGGAAAAAUCCUAAGUAAAGGAUUUUUCAUAAAACAUGUCGGUGACAAGCUUUCAUAUUUUAUUUAGAGUUGUUUGUUGUUUUUUAAAGAUGUAAUGGUGCCUGUGUUGUUCUGUGAUGGCAAUUUACUGCUUUGGUUAUUUUAGGGGUUUUGAAAAGUGGAAGUAUACAGAGAAAAACAAAUCUUGGUGAAGUAUGGCAGGAUGUGUAUUUCUGGGAUUAUUCCUCCGGCUACCAUGUAAGAUCAGGCUGUCACAGGGAACAAUUUCUGGUUAGUGGUUUUGUUGGGCUUGGUUUGAGGUGCCUUUUUUUCCCCCUCUUUUCUAAAGAAACUGGACAUUUGACUGAGCGUUCUCUAAUUCUGCUGAAACAACUAGUUAGGCGCUUAGUGUCACCAGUGCUAAAGGAAAACUACUGAUCUGGAAACCCUAGCCCUGAUGUUGAUCUAUAAAUUUGAAGCAUAUUCCAGGUCUGGGUGAGGGGGCAAAAAGGGUAUCUUUAUGGACUAAGCUCUAGCCUCUAAAUAUGGAGGCUGAUCUUUCUGCAGAGUCAGCAGUCUUUAGGUUAUUGAAGAGGUCACCGUGGCACCCCUGGAACGUGUCCCUCUCUGCCAACUGAUCACAAAUACCUCAGUGUGUGGUCCUAAAGCUUGGUAGUGUGAGUGCCCUUUUCCUCACUUUUUUUCUGCAUAAGAAGCUUUGGACAAUUCUCAGAAGAAUCUGGACAAUGAUGUAAAAUUUCUCAAGUUUCAUAUGCUUCUGUGUAUUCUGCUUUCAUGGUGCUUUCUUGCAAAGAUAACUUCUCAUGGGGAGGGAGCCAUCCUUGUUGCUUUAUGAUAAUCCCCCCAAAAAACUGGGAACAAACUAGAUAUAGUGCUGCAAGAACACAAAUUGGGCCAGAGAGAACUUAAUUUCUAGCCUGUUUUGUAGCAGCCACAGGGCCUGCAAGGCCUCCCUGGCGGUCAGUUGCCUAAGAUAAGAAAUGCCUAGUCAUGAUGACUGGACCAAAGAAGCCCCUCUUCCACCUUCAGACCCUUGUUAUUUCUCUGUAAGACCAUAGGUCAUAUUCGCCUCGACCCUUACUAUUGGACUGUUUCCCAAAACCCCUAUACCCUAUAUAAACACCCACUUCUGCGCUGUUCAGCAGAAGAGCUGUCACUGUCACCCUUUGCAGAAGCUGCCAAUAAAGACACAUCUGUGGAACCUCAUACAGCCUUCUCCUCUCUCUCCCCAUGUCUGCUGAGGCACUUAGCAAGCAAAGAGCUGAAAUCACUAAAGAGCUGAAUUCACCAAAGAGCUGAUCUCACUUAAGAGCUGAGCUGCUUGCUAAGACUGCCUGCGGCUGGGAGCCUGCCUGAGGGACCUGGACAAGUUGUGCUUAGCGGGACUUCACUAUCCGGACACCUACAGCAGCCUGGGCUGGAUAGACCCCGAGAACUCCCUGCCGUAAUACUGUUUCAGUGGGUUUAAAUGCUUGUAGCAAUAUAGAAUUAUAGAUGUGUCGUGGUUUAAGAGGAAAUGAAGUUUUUGUGAUGGUGUGGGCAAGCCAAUCGGUGUUCAGAUUUAAUAUUGGCACCUGGUUUGUCCACUGAGGGCAUGGAUACGCCUCUGAGAACACAGGGGGUUAAAAGCUGUGAUCUCCCAGGGGAACCUCCUCUUUGAGUUCUGCUUGGGACUGAGCAGACCCCCCUGCCCAGCCAGAGCUGGGCAGGGGGGGAGGGGAGCCAUGUGGCCAGAGAGAGGUAGGCCAGGCCUGGGCCCAAGGGUGGAGGAGAACAUCCCAAGGGCUUCGGGCAGCCAUCCUCCAUUCCCCCCCACCCCCCGGAGAGAGGGAGAGAGAGCCGGAGCCGGCGCCUGUGAUAGUGGCACGGCGUGAAGGAGAAGGGGGGGGGUGCCCAGCAGGGCAGCCAAGCGUAGGAGUCCUUGAAGUAAACUGGCAGAGAGCCUGGGACUUUUAACCCCUGUGAGGAAGAUGGGAACUUUGCAAAUGCUGAGUCUUCCUGAAGUUGAUGAGAUUUAGAAGAUGUUGAGAUUGAGAGGAUGUUGAGAAGAAUUCUAGGUGGGAGGAGAUGAUGGAGUGGCUUUGGGCUGGACUUUUCUUGUAUAGCUACAGCAGAACCACUGGUGUUUCUGUGACUCAGAGACUGCGUUCUAGGGGGAGGCGAUGGCUCAGAGCCAGGAGAGUACAGUGAUGUGGAGGAGUGUGAACAGAGACGACGGCUGAGGAGGGUAGUGGUGGUGCCCUCCGUCUUCGAAGAAGAGAAAGAGGAAGAGGAAGAUGAUCUCUGUUCAAGAGACCCCUCGGCCCCAGGGGGUGAAAUUUGGCGGGGGCAGGUGUCCCAAAAGGAGAGGAACUGUGCUCAGCCAGGAGAGUGCAGUGAUGUAGAAGUGUGUGAACAGAGACGACGGGUGAGGAGGGUGGUGGUGGUGCCCACCGCUUCGAAGAAGAGAGAAGAAGAAGAAGAUGAUCUCUGUUCAAGAGACCCCUCGGCCCCAGGGGGUGAAAUUUGGGGGGGACAAGUGUCCCAAAAGGAGAAGGACUGUGCUCUUUUUGGAACUGGACAAAGUAUCCUUAAAGGGAAAAACCCUAGAAGCAGCUCUGAUCCAUGUGCAGUGGUGAGAGCACUGGACAUGGAAGGAAUGUGGUGCAAGAGGGACUCCUCUCUUCUCGAGGAACUGAGAAUCGAUUAUCUAAAGGGUGGCAAUGAAAUUGGAAAUUUGGUGGGGGGAGGAGGAAGAAUUUGGAAGGUUUUUCAUCUUGUGUUCUAUGUGUUUUGUGUGUCUUCCUUUGUAGUUUUACGUUAAUAAAGUUUUUUUCCCUUUUAACCUUAAGUUGGAGCCUGCUUUGCUCUGUCUCUGAUCACAUCUCACAGUGGGUGCCAGGGAAGGAGGUGAUCUCGUGGGGGCACUGGCAUUGCGCCAGGCUCAAACUGUUGUGGUGUGUGUUCAGUUCCCAAUUGAGUUAUCUCCCCCGUUUUGUAUUGUUUUGUGAUGCUUCCCC